AUGUACCAAUACGAUGUUAAAUCACACAUUAAACGAAAUAUAUUUUUUAGUAUUAUCAACAAAAAGUAUAAUUUCAGUAGAGUUGUUGGUGGAUGUGAAGAAGUAUUAGAACAAAUAUUUGGGGAUGUUUUAUUAUCUCGUCUAUAUCCAUCCACAUUUAUUAAUCAAACUGGUAUAAAACAUUGUCGAGGAAUUCUUCUUCACUGGCCUCAUGGUAGUGGGAAAACAUUACUUACUAGAACCAUAUGUCAAGCAUUGAAUGUUAAACCAAAAGUUGUGAAUGGAUCGGAGACUUUUUCCAAAAUGCUUGGAGAAUCAGAGGAAAAAAUACGUGAAUUGUUUGCCGAUGCUGAAUUUGAUACACAAGAAGUAGGAGUUACAGGUGCAUUAUACAUUACAAUAUUUGACGAGAUAGACGCAUUAUGCAAAAAGCGAUCAUCGACCAGUUCAACAAGAGAUGCCGUACAAGAUAAUAUUACUAGUCAACUAUUAACUAAAUUAGAUGGAUUUGCUCAAUUAAAUAAUGUAUUGGUAAUAGGUACAACUAAUCUUUCAGAAACUAUUGAUGCAGCCCUUACACGACCAGGACGACCUGAAACACUUACCAAAGUUGAAUUACCAACCGAAAAUGACAGACUGAAAAUUUUUGAUAUAUACGCAAAAUUCAUGUUACAAAAUCAUUUACUUGAUAAUGAUAUUGAUAUAGAACAAAUACUUUUUGGUACGCACGGUUUAACAAGAGCACAUAUUGAAAAGCUUGUUCGGUUGGCUGUGAAUAACGCUCUUCGAAGAGAUGUUAUUGAACGUGGUACAUUAGCUAUCGGUGAAGAUUCAGCAGAACAACUCCGAAUUUGUAAUUCAGAUUUUUCAAUUGCAUUAGAAAAGGUUCAGUCAAAGCCAUUAGACUUUUAUAAGGGUGAAACAAAUGAUAUGUAG